GAGACAACCGCCCAGGCCUCCCCCAUUUUCGCCUGGAAGGUCACCUCUCCAGUGUUUGAGUGUCUGAAGCCGUUGGCUGCUCCUGAACCGUUUGGCUCUUUCUCCACUAGCAAACAGCCCCACAAUGUACCUCAAUCGCUCUUAAAUCUAUUUUUAAACGGUUUUAUUCCGCUCUACGCCGAUGCGAACGGGACCGGACUCUUGUUUGGGAAUUUAUCUGACGAUCUGCCGCCUCAAAGCAGCUUUAUAACGCUUUGUUUGAGCACUAUUUGACAAAAUAAUCGAGGAGGAGGAAAUUCCACACAAGCAGUGAAAGGCAGCCCUCGCGCUCAUCCGGGUAUUAAAACUGUAGAGAUUCCUCCACUGCUAAGGGUUCAUAUUGGAGCAAGACCUGAUCACAUGGAGAGAUGGAAAAACAAUAGAGAGAGGCUCUCAGCAGAAAGAUGGGGAAAGAUAUGACAUUUUCCAUCUAAACUGCAACGUCCACAAACAGGCUUUCAUUGACCUCAGACAGGUGCUGAGACACUUGGCUUGGAUCCUUAAAAAGCGUUUGCCUUUGCGAAAAUAAAGCUGAUAGUGUGGCUAGUGUCCUGUGUGCUGACCUCAUGGUGUAAGCAGGUGUGAAGAUGAGUAUUAGCAGCGAUGAGGUCAACUUCCUGGUGUAUAGAUACCUGCAGGAGUCAGGGUUUUCCCACUCGGCCUUCACAUUCGGCAUUGAGAGUCACAUCAGUCAGUCUAACAUCAACGGCGCCUUAGUGCCCCCUGCUGCCCUGAUCUCCAUCAUCCAGAAGGGCCUGCAGUACGUAGAGGCAGAAGUCAGCAUCAAUGAGGACGGCACACUGUUCGAUGGGCGGCCAAUUGAAUCGCUGUCAUUGAUUGACGCGGUGAUGCCCGAUGUCGUACAGACCCGGCAGCAGGCGUACAGAGACAAACUUGCCCAGCAACAGGCCGCCGCAGCACCCUCUGCAACCAGCACCAACAUGCAGGGUAACGCCAAAAACGGAGAAAACACCGCAAACGGAGAGGAGAACGGUGCUCACGCCUUACCUAAUAACCACGCAGACAUGAUGGACGUGGACGUGGAUGUGGAGAUCCCUCAGAAUAAAGCCAUGGUGCUGAGAGGUCACGAGUCAGAGGUCUUCAUCUGCGCCUGGAACCCUGUCAGUGACCUGCUCGCCUCUGGGUCUGGAGACUCAACGGCGCGCAUCUGGAAUCUGAGCGAGAACAGCAGUAGUAGCUCUACACAGCUCGUCCUGAGGCACUGCAUACGGGAAGGUGGCCAAGACGUGCCCAGCAACAAAGACGUCACAUCGUUAGACUGGAACAGUGAAGGUACACUAUUAGCCACAGGCUCCUAUGACGGCUUUGCAAGAAUAUGGACUAAAGAUGGUAAUCUGGCCAGUACCCUUGGUCAACAUAAAGGUCCAAUAUUCGCAUUAAAAUGGAACAAAAAAGGAAAUUUUAUCCUCAGCGCUGGUGUUGAUAAGACAACAAUCAUUUGGGAUGCUCACACAGGGGAAGCCAAACAGCAGUUCCCAUUUCAUUCAGCACCCGCUCUGGACGUGGACUGGCAGAGUAACAACACGUUUGCCUCCUGUAGCACAGACAUGUGCAUCCAUGUGUGCAAACUGGGCCAGGACCGACCCAUUAAGACAUUCCAAGGACACACAAAUGAAGUUAAUGCAAUCAAAUGGGAUCCGACUGGUAACCUGUUGGCGUCGUGUUCUGAUGAUAUGACUCUUAAGAUCUGGAGUAUGAAACAGGACACUUGUGUUCAUGAUUUGCAAGCUCACAGCAAAGAAAUCUACACUAUCAAAUGGAGCCCCACAGGUCCAGGAACCAACAACCCCAAUGCCAAUCUAAUGCUGGCCAGUGCUUCCUUUGACUCCACUGUUCGGCUUUGGGAUGUAGAUCGAGGCAUCUGCAUCCACACACUAACCAAACACCAGGAGCCCGUGUACAGCGUGGCCUUCAGCCCUGACGGACGCCAUCUAGCCAGCGGCUCUUUUGACAAAUGUGUCCACAUCUGGAACACACAGACUGGUGCUUUAGUCCAUAGCUACAGGGGGACAGGGGGCAUUUUUGAAGUUUGCUGGAAUGCAGCAGGAGACAAAGUAGGAGCAAGUGCGUCGGACGGCUCUGUUUGUGUAUUAGAUCUGCGGAAAUAGCGCUGCUUGCUGGAAGCCAUGGACCGACUAUGAAUGUGUACAUAGCCAAAAUGACUGUCCCUGACCCUCAAACUGCUACAGUCCCUAGUGAACCAUGGCCAGCCACUACAGACAAACAAACACAAGCACCCUGAUGCCACAGGCUGAGCGGAGAGGAUGUGAUUCCAACCAGAGACAUUCAAAUGACUUUUGUAAGGUGGAAAAAAAAAACAAUAUAACAGAGGAAGAAAGAAAGA